AUGGCGAAGUCGUCUGCGGCGAUUUCGACGGCAGGGAGGCAGCGGGGAAGGGAAUCGAGGCGGUGGGCGAACGGUGGCGGUCUGGGAGCUCCGGUGAGCCGAGACUCCCUCAGCCGCUCGAUACCAGCAGCUCCCCUGCCGCAGUGCCGCCUGCCCGGUUCGGGAUUCCGGCAUCCAUCCGGCUGCGCGGCCGCGGCGCAGAGCAACCAACCACGCAGGCAGACCACCGCCGCCGCCGCCUCCGUCCGCUCCGCGGCGUCCGAUCCACCACCAAGAGCCCCACACGACCCACGCGAUGCUGCGGAACUUCCCGCAGGCCCGGAGGCUGCUCAGGUCGGCGCCUUCCUUCCCCGCCGGUACCUCGGCGGCUUGCGCAUCCGCUUUCCCUCGCCCUCGCCCUUGCCUACGACGGUUUCUGAUUGUGAUGAUUGGUGGUUGGGGCGCAGGCGGAUGGGGUUCGAGAAGGAGGACGCCUACUUCUGGAAGCAGAUGGGCAAGGCCACGCUCUGCACCUACACGCUCUUCGGCGUCGCCUGGCUCUGGAACGAGACGUCGCCGCUCGGGUGGUGGACGCUCAAGCCGCGCCCCAAGGAAGAAAAAGAAAUGGCACACCUUUAUGAGCGCAGGAAGUUCCCGUACCCUGGUGAUGAGGAGGCAAUUGAGGAGUUCAUAAAAAGCGGAGGUGCUCUUGGAACCACAAUUGGACCCAAGGGUUUCGCUGAUGCCAAUAUGGAUUCUGAAAACAUGCAGAAGCAGUUGCAGUCUAAAAAGUUUGAGCAGGAAGCACAGAAACUAUGGCUUCGGAUGAGGAAUGAGGUCGUAUAG